AUGUCGUCAUCCGAAUCGGAGUCAGUAUCAUACGUAGAAUACGAGAAUUUAUCCCAGAAAAUCAUAAUGGAAGUAGAGAAAAGGCCAGCUUUAUACGACACGGCAUUGCGACAAGAUAGAAUAACGAAAAACACGCUUUGGGAGGAAGUUUAUCAACACGUGUUUAGUAAUUGGGAGACACUGUCGAAGGCUGAGAAAAUACAGAAGGGGCACAGAGUUCAAAAGAGAUGGAAGAAUAUGCGGGACAGUUUUGCUAAAGAACUAACUAUGCAACGUCGGAAAUCUGGUCAUGGCGCUAUCAAAAAAAGAAAGUACGUUCAUUUCGAUUCUAUGAUGUUUUUGGUGCCAUCACUGCGGAAGAAAGAAACUAGCACAAAUACAGAAUCUACCUCACAGGACAACACUGGUAUGAAGAGCCCAAAAGACGUAACUGAAACAAAUAGUAUUCGGACCUCGUUCUUUAAAAAGGAUUCCAAAAAUUCUAAGACCCAAAGAGACGAUGAAGAGGAUGAACAACCAUUACAAAGUUUAACUUCAUCCUAUAAAGCAGUUUCUAAAAGCCAAAGGGAAGUUGAAGACGAAGUACAAAAUGUGCCAAAACUAUUAAACUCUACGCACUCCACGGUAAAUACGAGUGCAUAUGACGAAGAUAUAAACUUUACACAGAUGCUUAUCCCAAUGUUACGUAAACUUGAUGAAGAUCAGAAACAUUUUGCUAAGGUAGGAAUUCUGAAUAUCUUGCAAAAAGCCAAAUCUUUAUAA